AUGAACAAGAUGUUUGCACCGAAUUCAUGUUUUCAUGUUUCUUCACUGGUUAAACACCAUUGGAAGAGAUGUUAUCAAUGUAUGAAGUUGCUGUCAUCACAAGCGCAGGAAAAUCCUUCACCUACGGAGGGACCUUGGUCAGUGUACUCUCAGAGAGUGAAAAAUGGAGUUUUGAGUAAAGAUUCACAUCAGGAGGAAGUAGUGCAGCACUUACAGCAAGUGUAUGAACAUGUUGUUGCUUUCGAACGACCUGUACUUCACAGCUCGAGUGCAGGCUCUCUAUUUAGUUUUUUUAGAAGACCUCAGCCUCAAAAGAUAAUAGCUCCAAAAGGACUUUAUAUCUAUGGCAGUGUUGGAGGAGGAAAAGACUAUGCUGAUGGACUUGUUUUAUGAUACAGUACCGAUUAAAGAAAAGUUGAGGGUGCACUUUAACUCCUUUAUGUUGAACAUCCAUGCUAGGAUACACGAGUUGAAGAUUAAAUCUGGGAAAGGUGCAAGUUCAUUCCGUGACGAGGGUUCAAAGCCAUUUGAUCCAAUUCCACCUGUAGCUGCUGAUAUUACUCAGGAGUCUUGGCUCAUUUGCUUUGAUGAGUUUCAAGUAACAGAUAUUGGGGAUGCUAUGAUAUUAAAGCGACUGUUCACACAACUUUUUGAUAAUGGUUGUGUUGUAAUAGCAACUAGUAAUAGAAAACCUGAUGAUUUGUACAAAAAUGGUCUUCAGAGGUCAAACUUUUUGCCAUUUAUACCCGUUCUAAAGUCUCAUUGUAAUUUAGUUCAAUUAGAUUCUGGUGUUGACUAUAGGUUACGGGGAACUGGCACUAAAUAUAGUAAAUACUUUCUAAACAGUGAGCUCACUCCUGAGAACAAUGCAGUAGACAAUUUGUUCAAAUUUUUAAUAUCCAAGGAGAAUGAUACAGUGAGACCUCGAGUAAUUAACAUUAUGGGUAGAAAUGUCAAGUUUGCUAAAUCUUGUGGACGAAUAUUGGACUCGACUUUUGAAGAGCUAUGUGACAGACCUUUAGGAGCUAGUGAUUAUCUUGUGAUAUCUAAGACGUUCCACACUGUGUUCAUUAGAAACUUACCUCAACUAUCAGUAACAACGCUAAGAUCUCAACUAAGGAGGUUUAUUACAUUAAUAGACACAUUGUAUGACAACAGAGUUCGGGUGGUCAUCGCAGCAGAUUGUGAACCAAAAGACUUGUUUAAAGCAGAUGAAAAAACUGAGUUUGCAGAUGCUGAUAGAGCGCUAAUGGACGAUUUGAGCAUAACGAAAGAUUCAGCUGAUGCCAACGCGGCGAUAUUCACAGGAGAAGAAGAAAUGUUCGCAUGCGACCGCAGUCUCUCAGAAUAAUGGAAAUGCAAACAGAGGAGUAUUGGGACAAAUGGGGCAAGCACCUUAAUUAA